AUGGCUUCAUCUCCUGGUUUAAAUUUUCUCAUUGCCAAAUAUCUUCGCGAACUACCCAAUCCAACUCUUGCCAAUGAAUUCAUACAAACGCUCGAGAAAAAUAACCUGUUGCCGUCGACACGCAACUGGAAUGGUGUACAACGUCAAAUAUCCUUUCAAGAACUAGAACAACAGUACAAUCAUGUUCCUGAUAAUCAUCUACCGCAAUUAUUAGAAAAUGUUAUGUCUUAUGUGGAACAAGGUAUUGGAAAACGUUUUGGUUCACUAUCAACGUUUCUUCUACAAUUGGAUCCGACGUGUUUUCUUGAAAACAAACAGAAAACCUCAUCAAGUCGGCAAUAUAAUGUGUUUAGAACAGCAUAUCAUCCAUGUAAAUAUCUAUCCAAUCCAACCAAUCGUAAUAUGCAAUUGAUUUUACGUGAACGAGAAUAUUUCGGAAGAACUGUCUCAGUUCAAAAGUUGCCAUCAAGUGAUUUAUAUCAACGAAUGAACAUGAGAUUAAAAGUCGUUGCACAUAAAGCAUCCGUCUACUGUAUUGCUUUCGACCGUACUGGAACAUAUGCGUUAUCAGGUGCUGAUGAUUUUCUUUUAAAAAUGUGGCAUGUUCACACAGGUCGUUUAAUGGCAACAUUUCGUGGUCAUUCAAAAGAAAUCUGUGAUAUUGAUGUUAAUUUCGAGAACACACUUGUGGCCAGUGCAAGUUUAGAUAAGAAAGUGCGCAUUUGGAAUUUAAAUACAACUAAAAUGGAAUGUGUGUUACAUGGACAUCAGAGUGGAAUUAAUGCUACAAAGUUUUCACCAUUUUGUAAAACCGAUGACCGAUGGUUAGCAUCAGUGGGAAGCGAAGGAAGUAUUUGCUUCUGGAAAUAUCAUGUUGGUGAAACAGAAUUUGAAUCUCGUCCAAUUAAAUUUGUGGAGAAAAGUCGUGCCGGUGCACAAAUGCUUUGUUUAUCAUUUAGUCCAGGUGGUUAUUUCGUCGCCGCCGGUAGCAGUGAUUCUGUUAUUCGCGUUUAUUCCUUUCAUACCUACUCACCGUUGAAAAUCUGCGAACUGGACCGACAUACAAACGUUGUAGAAACAAUUUGUUAUUCGCACUUAAGUAAUUCCUUCAUUUCUGGCAGCAAAGAUGGAACGGCGCGUAUUUGGCGCUAUGAACAACAGUCAUGGCGAGCUAUCGUGCUCAACUAUAACAAUGAUGCAGAUAAAACUAAUCAUGAUUCUAGCAAUCACGUUAGUACUGUAAACAACAAAUUAAUACCUGUAACGAUUGUUUCCUGGUCGUGUACUGAUCAACGUGUUGCUACUGCGUAUGAAAACGGAUUGAUUAAAAUUUGGGAACCUAAUAAUGGAACAUUAGUCAACGAACUUAAAAAACAUGAAAAAACUGUUUUUGUCCUUGAAUGUCAUCCAACCAAUGAACGUAUUUUAUGCUCUGCAGGACACGAUGGGCUGUUAAUAAUUUGGGAUAUGGUUGAUGGUCGAGCAAUAAAAUACUUUCUCAAUGAUCAAUACAUUGAUAUACCUAAUUCAAUACCAUACUCAGAAGCAAAAUGGUCUCCUAAUUGUGAUGUUAUUUGUACAACCGAUCUGUGCGGUCAAAUAUGUUUCUUUGGUUUGGGUACUGAUACACGAUAUAAUAAAACACAAAUCGAACAAUACUUUCACAAUGAUUUACGUCCGCUUCUUCGUGAUAGUAAUGAUAAUGUUCUUGAUGAACAACAGCAAGUUCCACCACAUCUUUUGCCGCCACCAUUUCUUAUCGAUGAUCAUGGUCACGCUUAUUCGCCUGAUAUACAAAGAUUUGUACCAGGAAGAGAAAAUUAUUCGCAAAAUGAUAACACAGCUACAGUUGUGAAUCAUGAGUAUUUAGAAGAUCUGAUCAUCGCCGAACCGCUUACGACGCCUGCCAUGACUAGUGCAUAUAUGACGCGUAAAUUUGAAACUAUCGAUCUAUCCACGUUUCGUUUGAAUAUUGAUAAAAAACAAACAUUUGUUUAUCAUCGAAAUUUCAUUCCACCUAUGAGUAGAGCUGAAUUAGAACGCAGUGGAGCUGUUCGUGAGGCAAGAUAUGACGAAGAACGAGCUGCAUAUGAACGCGAAUAUUUGAAAAAAGCUGAUCACGGAGAUUCGUAUGAAUCAUCACCAGUUAAAAAACGUACAACACGCAAUGUGAUCAAAAUGCGUCAAGAAGAACUUCUCAAACGCGUACCACACAAUGUUGAAGUAGCCAUCAAUCGUCUGACGACUCGAGCAUUAUACGAUUCUGAUAAAGAAGACAAAACGGAUCUCUCCGAUGACCAAUACUCACCAAAUGCAACUGUGCCUUUUGGUGAUAGUGGGAUGAGUGGUGGCGAUGAUGAUAGUGUUUCAACAGAUGAAGAAUUAGUCGUUAGUACAUCACGAAUAACAGGUAUAAUGACCCGUACAGGGCAACAGAGACGCGUACAACGACAUCGAAAUUUAUCUCCGGAUGAAGAUGACGACGACGACGAUGACGACGAUGAGGAUAGACAUGAACAUGAAAAACGUCGGGUACAAGAAGCGAAAACACAACAUCGUCGAAGAAACAAGUGGAAACGCUUGAAAAAACGUCGUGAACAAGUGAAAACGAAGAAAGAAGAAUUCGAAAAUAAAGACGAUCUCGAAUUGAAUUAUUCACCUGACUUUAAACCACCCGAUUGGUUGACGCGCACAACAGCUCAAUGUUCGCCGUAUAUUCCACAAAUCGGUGAUACUGUUAUGUAUUUUGUACAAGGACAUGAAUUGUACAUAAAUGAAGUUAAAGAUAAGAAAAUGUACGAGAUCGACGAAAAAACCUUACCGUGGAAUAAAUCGGAAUCUCUUGACGCUGUCGAGUGUGCGACGGUUAUCGGUGUAUCCAUUAGUUUUUCUGAUAAACAACCACCACGUGUGAUCAAUGUUCGAUUGCAAUUAUUAGAUCCAAAUACUCUCGAAGCUACAUCGCAAAGACUAAGUGUGAAAUUUCAUGAUGUUGAUGGCAUUGCAGAUUUUAUUAUUUUAAAGCAACAUUAUGACCAUGCAUUACAACGAGAUUGGGAAGCAGGUGAUCGUUUUCGAUGUUUCAUCGAUGAUACUUGGUGGCCAGGAACGAUUGUCAAACGCGAACCCUUUGAUCAAAUUCGUGAAAAUAGUCCUUUUCAAUGCUAUAUUAUUCGAUGGGAUAAUGGUGAAAAUGAGGAAAGACUCAGCCCGUGGGAUAUUUUCGAAUUCGACGAUACUUCUUCUGAAUCGCCUAUAACGAAAAUGCCCGCCUAUCAACCGACAGCUGACGAUUGGCCAGUUCAUGAUGUCGAUGGUGAACGUGAACGUUUGUUGAGCGGAAUCGAUACAUUGAUGCAAAUGGAUGUAUCUGAACAAUUUCGAGCGCCAGUUCAACUCGCAUGGUAUCCUGUGGUCAUUGCGUAUCCCAUCGAUCUUGGCACAAUACGAGAACGCAUUUCGAAUGGUUAUUAUCGUCGAUCGAAUGCUUUAAAAUGGGAUGUGAAAAAGAUGGAAGAAAAUGCGAAGAAUUUCAAUGAAAAAGGAAGUCAGAUUAUUGAAAAAGUUAAAAUUGUCACAAAGAUAUUGCUGAAAUAUAUCGAUGACUACAACUGUACCGAUAUCAGUGUUAUCUAUCACAGAUCAUUACAUUCAGAACAAACUCCAUUACCUCUAUCCACAUCAUGCAAUGAAGACUGGUUAGAUGAUUGUCAAAUGAUUCUCAACGAUAUUCUGUCACAGCCUGGAAGUGAUCUGUUACGUUAUCCCAUCGAUGAAAAUGAAUAUCCAGAUUAUGAACGAAUCAUAAAAACACCGAUUUGUUUUGACGAUGUACAAGCUAAACUAAGUCAAACACCAUGUGGGUAUCGACAUUCAAGAGAGUUUAUUGCCGAUUGCCAUUUGAUAUUUCAAAAUGCAUUAACAUAUGCAGAUCCGGAGAUGAUCAAUGUCGUUCGACAUCUGGGACCAUGGGAAUUACGAAAUUCAUCGACGGAUGAGAACAAUCUUGAUAAUACUGGCGAAACAUUGGCAGCUAUCACCACAGCUGAAAGUUCCAGUAGUCGACAGAAUCGACGAACGCAAUUUCCACCAGCAGGCCUCACAACAGAUCGUCGUCAUUCUCAUUUCAAUCGGCUAUCGUCUGCAAAUAACCAUUCAACAACAGCAACAACAGCAGCACAAGAGCAAAACUCCGAUGAUGACGAUGACAACGAGUCCGUAUCCACACAGAGUACUCAACCAAUGUCCUUAACUUCAUUCGUUCACACGACAACGAGCCAUGAUAUAAAUUUAUCCUUACGACAAACACGGCAACGCAUGAAUACUAAUGAAAACAAUACGAAUAAUUCAUGGCAAUCACGUACACGAUACAGUACGAGAUCGAGCGCUUCAAAUCGCAAUCUCAACGAAGAUUCUGAUGAUCGUCAUCAACAGCCGACAACUUCAUCACGAAUGUUAUCCGCGUCCGAUGAAGACGACGAUGAUAAUGAUAUUUCAUCGAAUAGUAAAAGAAACCGUAUCGAACGUGGUGAUAGAAGAAUAUCGUCCGUUAAUCGACCAAACUAUAAAAUUGAUAGUGACGAACAUGAAGACGAUGACGACAAUCAGCAGAAAGCGAAUACAACGAAUAACACGAUAGAAGACAUGGAACAAGCAGAAAAAGAUCAUGAUAAGAGCAAAGGUAUGUCGAUGGAUAUUCUGUUUAAUAAAAGCUCUAUAUUUUCUGCAGAUAAAAACGAUGAUGAAGAUUAUGAGCCACCAACAGCGCUGGCAGAUGAAGAAGAGGAGGACGAGGAAGAAGAUGAUGAUCAAAAUGGUGUAGGAUCUCCUCAACAGAAGGAUGACGAUUCCGAUUCGGACUUUCAAUUGGAUGAACCAAGUCAGCACCGUCGUGCAAAUACAAACGGUAAUCGUGUGAGGAAAUUGCGAAGUACAACCAAUCGACCAUCGCCUCCCUUGCCCAACCAAAAUAAUAAACGCAAGCGUUCUGCUGUUCGUACACGCUCAUCAACAGACACAGAUUCGACCGAUUCCAAUGUCAAUCAAGGUUAUAAAACGCGAACUCGUUCACGGCGGCGCGCAACAACGAGUAAGAAAUCUACGCAUGCAGAAGAUUUUUCGGAUGAAGAUGAAGAUGAAGAAGAUGAAAAUCGCCGACGGCCACGAACAACUCAACCGACUCGUGUAUCUAAACGUGGCCGAGUUCUAAAACAGCGUUUACUAAGCGAAUAA